AUGCGAGAGACCCGGGUUCGAUUCCCGGUAUGCGCAUUCUUUUUAUUAUCUUUUUGUCUGCUGAUUAGUAAUCUGUUUAUGUUACGAGACGUACAACACUGGUGGCGCUUGGGAGGACUGGGCGGACUGGCUAUGGGGGUGACUUAUGGACUGAACUAUUGUUCUAGAGUGCGAAAGACUGGGAGUUAUUUAGAAAAUGCUUUGAUACUGGUUAUGGCGGAUGUUUGGAAGUGUUUGGUCUUCUAUGGAAUGAUGCGCUGGUCUGGGGAGAAGCGGAUGACUUAUUCGCGGGAUUACUUGAUCUUUGGUUGGUUUUCGUUCUUUCAAUCGUUUGGUUGGUUGGUGGUAGUUCGGUAUUUGAGUGUUUUUUAUCUACAGAUUGUUUCUAACUUUAGAUCGUUCUUUGUUUUUGGCUUAUCUAUUUUGGUUUUUAAUCGGGUUUACACGCGGGUACAAUGGCUGGCCCAGGUAGUCUUGGUUUUUGGAAUUACUUUGCCCUUUAUAGUUCAGAUCGUGAGUAAAGAUGAGGCUGGGAUGGGUCCAAGUAGUUAUUUGAAUGCUUGGUUAAGUAUUGGGUUGAGUUUAUUGAUGACCUUAUCAACGGCUUUGAAUGGAGUUUGUUUUGAAAAGAUAGUGAGGAAAAAGCGACUAAGUAUGUGGCAGAAUUCUUUGAAUUAUUCAUUAUCUGGACUGUUGGUUUCAGUAUUGGCUUUAGUCUGUAUUUUUGGUUGGUUUGGAAGUGAUGGAUUAGUGAUUGAUCCUGGGUUGUUUUUGAGUCUAGUUUGUCUGAAGGUAGUAGAAGGGAUUAUUUAUGCUUACAUUAUGGCUGAGUAUAGUGCGGUGGCUAAGACUUUCUUUCAAGUACUAAUGAACUGUUUACUUUCAGUAAUUCUAUCUUGGCACUUAGCUGAGAAGAUGAGUAUUUACAAGAUAGUUUCAUUGGUUCUAGUAGCUGGUAGUAUCUGUGUGUUUAAUUUACGAUCAAAUAAAUAG